UGCUCAGCCUUUUCGUUAGUCCAAGAAACGGGGUGGCUCAGCAGACACAAGCAGAAGAUGUCCUUUAUAAGUGUAGAUGCAGCUUCGGACUUCUCCUACCAGAAUCUUCCAUAUGGGGUGUUCUCCACAUCUGACAAUCCCAGACAUCGCAUUGGUGUUGCCAUUGGGGACCAAAUCCUUGACCUCAGUGUGAUAAGAUCACUCUUUGUAGGACCUGUGAUGUCCAAACAACAGGAUGUCUUUGACCGGUCUACACUAAAUGCUUUCAUGGCUCUCGGUUAUGAGGCCUGGAGUGAGGCCCGGAGGACCCUGCAAACGCUGCUGUCAGCCAGUGAGAGUACUCUGAGAGAUGAUGUGAGCCUUCGGAGCAGGGCAUUUGUCCAUCAAAGUGCAGCCAUGAUGCACCUUCCUGCCGAUGUUGGUGAUUACACUGAUUUCUACUCCUCCAGAGAUCACGCCACUAAUGUCGGUAUCAUGUUUCGAGGAAAGGAGAACGCUCUGAUGCCAAACUGGUUGAGGCUUCCAGUGGGGUACCAUGGCAGAGCAUCAUCACUGGUUGUUUCUGGAACUCCGAUUCGUCGUCCUUGUGGCCAGAUGAGACCUGAUCAAACAAAACCUCCUGUGUUUGGUCCCUCCAAGCAACUGGAUAUUGAGCUUGAGAUGGCAUUCUUUGUUGGAGGAGGAAAUUCACUUGGGGAGCCCAUUCCUAUCAACAAGGCCCAUGAACACAUAUUUGGGAUGGUACUCAUGAAUGACUGGAGUGCCAGAGAUAUCCAGGCUUGGGAGUAUGUUCCUCUUGGGCCUUUCCUGGGAAAGAAUUUUGGAACAACAAUCUCACCCUGGGUUGUGCCCAUGGAAGCACUCUUACCUUUUGCAGAGUCUAACCCCAUACAGGAUCCUGAACCGCUUCCAUACCUACAACAUCAAGAUGCUUACACUUUCAACAUUAACCUGUUUGUGUCACUAAAGGGACAGGACAUGACUGAGGCCGUAAACAUCUGCAGGUCAAAUUUUAAAUACAUGUACUGGACAAUGAAGCAGCAGCUCACCCAUCACACAGUAAACGGCUGCAAUGUCAGACCAGGAGACCUGUUGGCGUCUGGUACCAUCAGUGGACCUGUGAGUGUCUGCAUGCAUAGCAUACUUUCUGCCUUAUUAAUAACUGAUUGGUUUUGUUUUAUGAACACACACACACACAAAAUAUAGAGCAAUGUUAAUACA